CGACACCGGAUUGGUUGGAGUUGAUACUUUUCCCGGCAACAAUCUAGACCGAGUCAGGACUGCAUCGAUAUACAUUUACACGCAAACAUGCCUAAACGUUCAUAUCCGUUUUCCGAGUCGUUUUCGUCGCAGUAUAAGGUGCACGUUGGACAGCGGGAGUUGAGUCAGCACGGUGUCUUUGGUGGAAAAUACAGACAGGAAAUAUACGAAAAGACCAAGAAUAUGCUAUUCAACGGGGCCAGUGCUGUGAUGGAUAAAAUCUGGAGUGUGGACGGAGGAGUAAAAAGCACAGAAGCACAGCCUUCUCAACCAGCUGUAACCCCAGCACCCAGCCAGCUACUGUUAAAGGGACAAACGCUCAUUGGACAGAAUGGUAGACUAACGAAAGCAAACUGUGCACAAGGUCACGGUGAGGCAGUUGGUUCGACACACUGCGGGGUGUGCCAGAAGAGGCAGGGUGUUGGCAUCAGGGCCGCGUGCUCCCAGUGUGACCGGCUAUCCUGCUCCUCCUGCAUCCGCCAGUGCUCCAGCUGUUCCAGCCAGUGCUGCUCUGUGUGCACUGUUGUAGAUUAUAGUGGUCAGUUUGAUACGAUAGUGUGUUGGAGCUGUUCGUCGUGAAACAAGACCAAAGGAGAAGAUACCAGAGUUAUGAUUGAGCACUUUUGAUUACACAAGAAAUAUUUCUCAGACUGCAUUAUAUACUUGUAUUUGUUUUUAAAUUCCCAUUGAGUGUUUAUAUGUUCAUAUGAUAUACAAUUCAGUAAUAAAAUUAAAUACUUUUCUGUA